GCCACCUAGAUCAUGGGCCUGGUGUCUAUUUCUCCUUCCUUUUUUUUUUUUUUUUCCGUCGUCUCUCUUUUCACUGUGUUGUUGUGUUCUACCAGAAGCAGAUAGCGGCAACAAAGAGACAGUGACCAAAUCGAUUCAAUCGUAAACCCAAAGAAACCCUUUUGAUUAAUCAACUUCGUUCACCAACCUCAUGUUCCCACCGUAAUCAAAAUUUGGUAAAAGCUUCAAAAAGCAAAUUUCCAUCGAUAGUCUCAGUACUCUCCCGCAAUUCUCUCUCUGGGAACACUCACCUCGAGAGAGAAGAGAUUAGGUAGAAUAUGAAGCUUUCUGUGUUGCAGCAGAGUUACGGAAACCGGAGGAGCAACAGCUUCAGAUCGUCGGCGCCGUUGGAUGCGUCAUCAGACGCCGCGAUUAAAUCACCGGCCGCCGUAUUCUGGUUGGUCCUACACGGUCUCUGUUGCUUGAUCAGCUUGGUGCUUGGCUACCGUUUCUCGCGGUUAGUCUUCUUUUUCCUUUUUUCAACCUCCGCCACCAACCUUUACACGGCGCCCUUUCGCCCAUCUACUACCUCCGGCGACCUUCCGGUCCAAACCCUAGAUGUCCAUCCGACCGUCAGGACUCUUGAACCGCCGGUACUGAACAGGACGACAACGAGUUCACGAGUGGUGGUAGGCCGGCACGGGAUCCGGAUCCGUCCCUGGCCGCACCCGAACCCGGUCGAAGUCAUGAAAGCGCACCAGAUCAUUGAGAGAGUGCAGCGGGAGCAGAGGCUGCAGUUCGGUGUGAAGAACCCCAGGUCCAUUAUCGUGGUGACCCCGACUUAUGUGCGGACUUUCCAGGCGCUCCAUUUGACCGGCGUGAUGCACUCAUUGAUGUUGGUGCCUUAUGAUCUGACAUGGAUUGUCGUGGAGGCAGGUGGAAAGACCGAUGAAACCGCUUCAAUUAUUGCUAAAUCCGGGUUGAGGACGAUUCAUCUCGAGUUCAAAGAGCGGAUGCCUCUUUCUUGGGAGGAUCGCCACAAACUGGAGGGAAAAAUGCGGCUUCGCGCUUUGAGAGUUGUCAGGGAAGAGAAGCUUGAUGGGAUUGUGAUGUUUGCGGAUGAUAGCAAUAUGCAUAGCAUGGAGCUCUUUGAUGAGAUCCAGAAUGUAAAAUGGUUUGGUGCUUUGUCUGUAGGGAUACUUGCUCAUUCUGGUAAUGCAGACGAGCCAUCAUUGUUGAUAGAUAAGGAGGCGGAGGAGAACCUGCCAAUGCCUGUUCAAGGUCCAGCAUGUAACUCCUCUGAUAAGUUGGUUGGUUGGCAUACUUUUAAUUCAUUGCCCUACGGUGGGAAGAAUGCAGUUUACAUUGAUGACAGGGCAACUGUGUUGCCCAGGAAGCUGGAAUGGUCUGGGUUUGUGUUGAACUCCAGGUUGCUUUGGAAGGAAACUGAAGGAAAACCAGAGUGGGUUAAUGAUCUUGACACACUUGAUCCCACUGAGGAUAUAGAGAGUCCAUUAUCUCUGUUGAAAGACACUUCUAUGGUAGAGCCACUUGGAAGCUGUGGGCGCCAAGUCCUGCUUUGGUGGCUCCGUGUUGAAGCUCGGGCCGAUAGCAAGUUCCCUCCUGGAUGGAUAAUUGACCCACCUUUGGAGAUCACAGUCCCGGCAAAGCGCACCCCGUGGCCUGAUACGCCUCCUGAACUGCCAUCUAACAUAAAAGCAUCGAGUGGCAUCCAAGAACACACCCAAGAGCGUAAUGUUAAGCAUCCUACCAAGACUCGAACAUCCAGAUCAAAACGCCGGAGUAAGAGAAAGCACGAAGCAAGAACAGCAGACGCCCAGGUUUCUGUGAAGCGUUCCGAAGAAAACUGAGAUGUACAUGCGGCAGCAUCAUCCAAGAAAUACACAUCAGUGAAUCUGAAACCACCGAUAUUCAGCAACAAGAGGAUUCAAAUAGGAAAGGUGAAAUGCAGAGAUACCAGGUAGCUUUCGAACGGUGGGUACAUAUUUCGUAGGGCACCUCACAGAGUGGACAAAAAUUGAUACGCACCCUCAGUUCGAGUUCCUCUUAAUUUCACAUUUUCCAUUUUCUCCCCUCGCCAUAUUUUUUUUUUCUUUCUUUGUUGUGGUUAUUGAUAUUCUGUGGUUGUGGAGAAGGCAUGUCAAUUAGGUCUGGGCUGCAUCCUGUUGCACUCGUUGCUUUGCAGGGAGUUGUAUCUGACAUGCUUCAAAAUUUAUACAUGAAAUAUCUUCUAAUAGGGAAUUAUAUAGCUGUGUUGACUCAGGAUCAUUCGGCAGAAAUACAUAAGCAGGGCAAUAAAACUUUCAUUCCUUUUA